AUGGACCCUUCGCAGGCAGCUUCGAGCAAUGUAACAGUUGAAUACACGGAUCCUUCAAGUCUUUUUUCGAUUGUUCAACCUGUGAUAGAAGCAAAGCUCCCACUAAAAAACCUCCACUGGAAAUCGCCAACCCGCCCCGUACGGUCAAUCGAAUCGCUCCGCAUCGGCUUCACACCUGCACAGGAAUCGAACGAGCGAAAAUCCUCCAGCGAUGCUAUCCCUGGUACUAUCACCCACCGUCGGCACCAGAUCCCUGGUUUACGGCAAACCCCAUACCUGAAAGUUUACCUCCUCCGAUGCGACGACAACGAGACAUACAAGACGACGGCACGGAAGAACCUCCGUGAUUGGAUCAAGGCCAAUUCAUCUUCACAAAGCUCACAAUCUGCGACUACCAACCAGGAGAAGCACGAUGCGUUCGAGUGGCUUAUCCUGCAUGUCGUGCCGGACGGCGACGCUGCGGAGAGGUCUCCCGCGCCUACCUCGAAAUGGGGUCGUGGUUCAACGACGGUGCUGGAGAAGGUCAAGGCUGACUUCAACGGGACUUCCAAAACCGCUGUGGAUCGUGUAGCCCAAUUGCGCCUCCCAAAGCAGGGAGUCAAGUCCCCUGACUUGGCAGAGCAAUUGGAGGACUUGAUUGAUAAAAUGAAGAACGGCAUUUUGGCAUCUUUCGAUUUGCGUGUGGCUCAGUAUGAAGAGGAUAUCAAAGAGAAAGACUCCCAGCGUAGUCUGCCGGGGUGGAACUUUUGCACAUUCUUCAUCCUCAAGGAAGGUCUUGCUCGGGGUUUCGAGAACGUCGGCCUUUUUGAGGAUGCGCUGGCUAGCUACGACGAACUUGCGGUCGGCUUGGAUGCAGCAAUCCGAGAUCAGCUCGAUGGAAGCGGUGACCAGCAUGGAGGAGCGCUCUUGAUCACUAGCAAGAAUUGGGCUGAAAUGGCCAAGAAGGCUUUGGAGGCAGGAGCUUCCGAUGACAACAGCGAUGCGGCUUUGUUUUCGGAGCUUCAACCGGAGGACUUCCCAUUCAAUUCUAACAAGAUGUCGUACCGGGAAAUGAUCCUGGCAAGCGACAUCUCCAUAUUUGAUUUCCGCACAUACAUCUUCUCUCGUCAAUUGACAUUAUUGCUCCGAGCCGCAAGAGCUCCAUCACUGGCUGGUAGCGAGCCUGCAGCAGAUGGAGCGGCGAAAUCAAGCAAGAAACCCGAAGAUCUCAUGUUACUGUCUGAGAUUUGUGGACGGGCAACCGAAUGCAUCAGCCUCGCUGCACGUACUCUUCGUUAUGAUCUUGAAUGUGGUCUGGCAGAAGUAGUAAAUGAUGGCAAGAUAGAUGUUAUCAACAAUCUAGUCUCAACUUGGGCUUUCUCGGCUGCCUUCCAAAUCUUGAGCCAGACUUUUACUUCGACCCUCAUGCUCCCUGAAUCAUCUCUUCAUGCUGUUGCGCAAUCAAGUGAGGCCGCUGCUACUGUGGCAGCAGAUGGCCGAGCCGCUGAUGUGCCUCGCCGCACAAGUUCCCUCGUAUCCAGUUCUCGUCCCGGUCGACCAGUGACUCAGGAUAUCUCAGAUAGCGUGGGUCUGCUUCAGCGACGUUCAACUAUGGAUCAUCCCAAACCUCUGCCAGCUCCUACGCAGAAGACUGGCUCAGAACAACUAUCUUCUGGAAGAGCAGAGCUGCUUCUUCUCGCCAGACGGUCCUUGGAAGAGAUUGGCCAAAGAAGAGGCUGGGCUGAAAAGUGGAGCGAUCUCGGUCUUCUGUUUGAUGAUGGGCAUCGUUCUGGUGCGAGUGGCUUAGCGGAGAUCUCGUUGGAUGAUGAUCACACCAAAGCGUCACAAGCAGGUUCUAAGAAAACCAAGUCAUCGCUUGUGGGCAUCAACCUUGCUGGCCUGAAGGCUGCAUUAGAGUCUAAGGAUGCCUUCCUGUUCUUGUAUGAAGAUCUCACAGAUCGUUUGAUUCGCCAUCAUAUGGCAGCCAACCGCGUCAACUCUGCCGAACAGGCCCUUGCCGAAAUAGCCAUCCUACGAUACCGGCAGAGAGACUAUGAAUCGGCAGCUUCCUAUUUCCACCGAAUGGCCCCGUUCUAUGGCACUAAGAACUGGGUGAUCUUGGAAGGAAGCCUGUUGGAAUUACAUGCUCGGUGCUUGAAGGAACUUCGGCGCAACGAGGACUACGUUAGAAUGAUGAUACGUCUACUUUCAAAGUUUGCAACAUACGCGCAGGCGCAAUUGUCAGUCAGACAAAAGGCCGUGUCUAGCUCGAUUCCCUCUACCGAGCAGGAAAUCUUAGACGAGCAUGUCAGCAACUUAUUUAAAGUGUCUAGUGCUCUUCAAAAAGACAUUCCAGCUUCUUUGACGGACUUCUUUGCCGACCUUCACGUCAACCCAGCUAUUCGAUUAUACGACAAUCAGGAUGGAUUCCAGGUUGAGCUUUCUCUGCGGUUCCUUUUGGGCAAGCAAAUUGAGAUUGACAACCUCAAGCUUCGGCUGGUUAGCGCCAACAGUUCGCAGAAUUCCGAGCACUGGAUCGAGAGCGCGGACAAAUUUGUGGUGAAGUCGUCGUCGACACAGGUUCUGAUUGAUUCCUCCACCACACUUCAAGGGAAAUAUUUUGUUGAUCGCAUCGAGAUGAGGGCAGGCAAUCUCGUCUUCAACUUCAAUAGUGGCCAAGACUCGUCACUUCCAGUGGGCUUCCGGGAAACAGAAGAGACAGAAGAAACUGAUGAACGGCCAUAUAUUUAUUGCUAUCCUCCAGCAGACGGCCUGCAAGCAAAGAUUGUGUCACCACAUUUGAUUAACCUCCAAUCCAUGCGGACGUUAGAGUUAGAACUUGACAGUGGACGAAAUGAUAUCAAGAGCGGUACUAUUCGUGUCCGGCCAGCGACCGCAGGCCUACGGCUACGCCUUGCAGAAACAGAGGUCGUGGAUGGCAUGCUUGAGAUUGAUCCCAACCACGAAUCUGGUAUCAUUGAAUUUGCUCAUCUAGCUGCUCGAUCGUUUGUGCGACUGCGCAUACCCUACACGGUGGAAGAGGCAUUUUCGACUCUCUCCGCACGAGCAGAAAUUGGAUAUGAGACCGAGCAUAGCCGAUUUGCUUCAUCGGCAUCUUUCAGUGUUGUUUCCACGCUACCUAUAUCAGUCAAUGUGCAGGACAUCUUCAAGGAUGAACUCUUGUUCUCACGUUUCACGAUCAGCCCUGCAAUGCUGAUCCCGCUCCGUAUCACAAACUGCAGCCUGCCCAGCUCUGACGCGUACGAGGUUCAAUCCAACGUCACUGGCCCUGUAGCCCUUGAUGUCUUCCCUAAGCAGCCCGCGUCUCUUCUCUACAAAAUACGCCCCAAUGAAGGCAAGACAACAGCAUCAACGCCACGCAGUCUACAAUUGAGUGUCGACUUCACAUGUGUGGAUGAUGAAUGCCUCGAUGCAGUCGAGAAGCAGUUUGCUGCUUCCAUUGACUCAAGUCCCUUCCGCCAAUACGCAGCCUUGCUCACCUCGCACAUUGUCAGCAGCUUCCGCGCACAGCUAUCCACAAGUGACAUGGAAGCUAUCGGAUUAAUUCGGGAAGUGAAUAUGCUCCCUUAUCAGACCGUGCGCUGGGAAGAUUUGUUGGGCGCCCUGAAAGAACCAGCCGAUAACGUACGACAAUGGCUCCAGGAGUGGCACAAGAACCACACCAUCAUCCAACUUCCCGCACAACCUACCAUCCCGUCCCGCCGCAUUGUCAUCCCUGUCGAUGUCCCCGAAAUUCAGGUCGUGCACACUGCCGAGCUGCAGCUCCAACCCAAUCCCACAGAGUCCACCACCCACGCUGCUGUAGGCCAAAUGAUCACCGCUGAGCUAUGCCUCCGCCACACUCGACGCUGGUGCUCCCCAACAACGCGCGAAAACGCCGACCAGCCUCUAGAGUGCUCUUAUGAGAUCCACGCCAACCCAGACCUAUGGCAAAUAGGUGGUCGUCGACGAGGCAAUUUCCUCGCGCAAGACGGCGAAACAGCCCGCUUCACCGUCCUUUUGCUCCCUCAGAAACCAGGCCACCUCCUCCUUCCCGGCCUGGAGAUUCGCACCUUCCUCCCAUCCGGGUCUCAGCUCCCGACCUCACCGGCCGAGUCUGGUUCUACUGCACCGUCUCGUCGCUCGAUUCCUUGUGAAGUUGAUUACCGGAAUCACAGUGAGACGGUCCUUGUUCUUCCUGAUCUGAGGAAGACCACCGUUACUCUUAGUGCUGCUGGUGGCCAUGCCGGUGGAGGGUCGUGGUUAGUCGACUCUGAGCGGAGAGCGGAGGAAGCUCGUUGA